UUUAUUAUGUACACUUCCGGGUUUCCUUAAAUAGUCAAUAAAUAAUUCAUUUCUUUAAUAAAACCUUCUUUAAUUGUAUAAGCUAGAUCCUCUAAAUCUUUUUUAUUUAAAAAAAUGGCUAGUAAACUAAAAAAAAUGGUUGAUGAUGCAAAAGAAGGAAAUAGUACAGAGCUGGUUUUAGUUGAUAAAAACAUAGUCAACAUUCUGGAAAUUCCUGGCUUUGUAAACUUGAAAAAUCUUACCAAGCUGGUCCUUGCCCAUAACAAAAUAGUUUCUAUACCUGGAAACAUUGCUAAUUUUCUUAAUCUUGAAAUAAUUGUUUUAUUCAACAACAUGAUUGAGGAGCUACCAACUACCUUGAGUUCUAUGCCUAAGCUAAAAAUUUUAAAUGUCGGAAUGAAUCGGUUGAGCUCACUUCCCAGAGGUUUUGGUGCAUGUCCUAUGCUGGAGGUCCUGGACGUAACAUACAACAACCUGAAUGAAAAUAGCCUUCCUGCUAACUUCUUUUGCUUAGAUACAUUGAGGGCACUGUACAUGGGAGAUAAUGAUUUUGAACAACUGCCUCCAGAGAUUGGGCGUCUAAAGAACUUACAGAUAUUAGUUCUUCGUGACAAUGACCUGGUUGCCUUGCCUAAAGAUUUGGGAGAACUGACUCGCCUGAGGGAACUCCACAUCCAGGGCAACAGAUUAACUGUGCUGCCUCCUGAGAUGGGCAACUUAGACCUGGUAGGGACGAAGCAAGUUUUUAAAGCUGAUGGCAAUCCGUGGGUGGCGCCAAUAGCUGACCAGUUCCAAGUUGGUGUUUCACAUGUUUUUGACUACAUACGCUCGGACACGUACAAAUUCUUGUAUGGUCGUCACAUUACAGCAGGGGCAGCUCAUCCUCCCAAGACUAACGACAAGUCCAAGAAAAUCAGCAGGAUCAAGAAAUAGGACAGAUUGUCUAGUUCAGCAUCUAUUUAGGAAUGUCUAUUUUAUCAAUAUAUUAAUACUAUAGUACAAACUUUUAAGUUGUAAAAUAAAAACACUUUUUAAAACUAUUUAUUGCUAGGAUUAGCAAUUAGCUGAUAUUUAAACUUAAAUCCCUCACUGGGCAUUAGUGUCAAUAAAUUUCUAGUGUAUUUUCUGUUUCAGAGGGAGAAGAAUCUCUUUCUCAAGUUAGAGAAUACUUUUCAAAUUUACAUGGUAAAAAAAAUAAUUUUAAAAAAUACUUUAGUAGACUGCAUUUUUAUAUUUCUUAUAAUGGCAGUUAAUCCAUUUACUCUAUUUUCUUUGAUAUGGCUUUGGUUUAGUAAUAUAAUCACUUAAGCAUAAUGUACAUUAAUGGUCCAAUAUUCUUUAAGUUAAAUGUGAGUUUCAUCUUUGUUUCAAGUUGAGUCAUGUGAUGUUUAUCUUUGUUUCAAUUUGAGUCAUGUCAUGUUUGUUGUUUAUCUUUGUUAAAAUUUGGUUCUGUAGUGUUUUAAACACAUUUACGUAGUCAUGCAUGAUCAAGCUUUAGUAUUAUUUUCCAGAUUUGAGUUUUAUUUGGUGUGAACAGGUAUUCAUAUGGUUUUUAUAAAUUGUGUUCUCUUUUUAAAUUAUGUGUGGUGUUGGAUAAGUAGAUAAAAUGAAGUUAUGUUGUUCUAGUUGCCGUGAAUUAGAUGUUACAUAGACAACUAGAACAUUUUGUCAACAAACUUAUCACUGCCUUAGUAUGUUUUACUCUUUCACUCUGCAUCAACUUCAUCAUCCGUGCAGGUAGAUUUCCUUCUGUGAUGUCAUACAAUUAAUAUGUACAUAAUUGCAAUAUUUAAACAUGUUAUAUAUAAAUGGUGCUAUACUUUUAUUGUCAUAUGUUAAAAUGUACAACAGCAUAUAAAAUUAAUACAAUUUUUAAAGUUUCUUUUUGCAGUUUUGUAAUUAUUUGAAUUGAUUUUGUUUUGGUAUAAUCAUAGUCCCUAAAAACAAUUUUGGCUUUUCUUACAUCAAUAAACCUGGUCACUUUCUUUCUCUUGUUGUGGUGCACCAGUGCUAUAUCCUGCCUUCUUUCUGCCUUUACCUCUGUUCUUCUACACUUGUCCUCAUUCAUGCUUUGCUCUACCAAAUAUUUUUAUUUUUCAACUUAAUUCUGUAUUUUUAAGUAAACUAUGUAAUUAUGAAUUACAAUAAAAAUCCUUUUAUGUACAUCAUAGUCAUAUUUUUUAAACAAUAUGUAUUUUUUAUAUGUAAAGUAAAUGAAUGUAGCACUUUGGAAAAGAUAGUAGCGGUUCUUUUGUGUAUUGAUAACAGCGAUGACUGAACAAUUCAAUUAUAAUCAUUUUAAAUAUAUUUUAAUGAAUGGAUUUGACAAGAGUAUUUCAAAUAAUACAUUACAUCUAAAACAUUCACAUUACAUAAUAUUUUGUUAAUUUUAAUCUUUUAGGAAAUGUUUGACACACAAGUCAAUUUUCAAAAUAAAAUAAAAACAUGAGGUAAAUUUUGUUGUAAUGUAUUAGCCUUAGACAUUAAGAAAAAACUUUGUUGUUGUGAAUGUGUUUUGCAAUGUUUAUGUAAUACUCUUCUGUAUGGCUUGCUGUUAGGCAUAGUACAACAUAUCCUUAUGUUGUUAGUUCAAUACUCAUACCAAUCAUAAACAUAUUAUCCAAUAAAUCUGCUGUACUGCAAAGGAUUGUAAGCCUUUUUAUUAUAAAACUCAU